ACUCAUGUAAUUCCAAAUCUUAUGAGAUUUACGUAUUUUUUUACUCGUGAGGUGAUCUAGGUGAAACGAAAAGGAGGCUGUUAUUUCAAAACAACGGAUUUUCGAAAGACACACCAACUGUGUCGUAUGCAAAAAGACCUCGUUUCUUCGCACUUUCUUUAUCUUUGCAUUGAAUCUGCUUUGCAAAUACACUGGUAAACAAAAAAUGGUUGCACAUUCUGAAAAUGUUUUCCCUAAUGAAAAUAAUGGAGUUUUAAAUACAGCAAUGCCUACUAAUAUCAGCGAUGUUGAUCACAAGAUUCGUCCACAACCAAGAUCUAAUAGUAAUAUUAAUCUAGUGGAUCAAAAACCAGCCUUAAAGAAAAAAUCUUUAGCUAAUCCACAAAAGCAACCUUUGUUUGAGGAAACUCCCUUACUUGUAGCUGUUAUUACCUAUAUUGGAUAUGGUGUUCUUGUUGUAUUUGGCUAUUUUAGAGACCUUUUACGAUUAUAUAAAUUUGAGAAAACUAAAGCUGCAAAAGAGCAAGGCAGAAAUGGUUUUGUUCCGUUGUAUUCCGACUUUGAAGCAUUCUACACAAGAAAUUUAUACACAAGGAUUCGCGACUGUUGGAAUCGUCCUAUCUGCAGUGUAGCAGGUGCUGAAAUCGACCUUCUUGAAAGAGAAAGUGAUGACUACAACUGGAACUUCAGUUUAUCAGGGAAGAAGAUCCAUGCAAUUAACAUGGGUUCGUAUAAUUAUCUUGGGUUUGGAGAAUGUGAGGGCCCUUGCACUGAGUCAGCUCGUAACGCUAUUGAUAGGUUUGGUAUUUCCAGUUGCAGCUCAAGAUUAGAAACAGGUAUGCACCAACUUCAAGUUGAUUUAGAAAAAACUGUAGCAGAAUUUGUAGGGAAGCCAGAAGCUGUCUGCUUCGGCAUGGGAUUUGCAACUAACUCGACAUGUAUCCCUUCCAUUAUUGGACCUGGUUGCUGCCUAAUUAGCGAUGAGUUAAACCAUGCUUCUCUGGUAUUGGGAAUGCGGUUGUCUGGAGCUAAAGUGUAUGUCUUUAAGCAUAACGACAUGGGACAUCUUGAAGAAGUGUUACGAACUGCAGUGGUACAAGGUCAACCUCGAACACAUCGACCAUGGAAGAGGAUAAUAAUUGUCGUGGAAGGAAUAUACAGUAUGGAAGGUUCCAUUGUCAGGCUGCCAGAAAUUAUUCAAUUGAAAAAUCAGUACAAGGCCUUUUUGUAUCUCGACGAAGCACACAGUAUAGGAGCACUGGGCCCGCAUGGAAAAGGCGUGGUGGAUUAUUAUGGAUUGAAUCCGAAAGACAUUGAUAUUAUGAUGGGAACAUUCACUAAAAGCUUUGGUGCUGCUGGAGGAUACAUCGCUGCUGAAAAACACAUUGUUGACCACAUCCGCGCCAACUCGUACAGCUCAGCAUAUUCCGCCACGAUGUCACCACCGGUUAUGCAACAAAUAAUAUCGUCAAUGAAAUGCAUAUUGGGACAGGAUGGAACGAAUGAAGGAAAAAGACGCUUAAAACAGUUACACGAUAAUGUUAGAAUGUUUCGUCACAAACUCAAGGAUAUGGGUUUUAUCAUCUACGGUCACGACGAUUCACCGGUUAUUCCUAUCCUGUUGUAUAUGCCAGCUAAAAUAGCUGCUUUCAGUCGAGAGAUGUUAGCUCGAGGUAUUGCUGUUGUUGUGGUUGGAUUUCCCGCUACUCCUAUCAUCGAAUCUAGAACGAGGUUUUGUCUGUCGGCAGCCCAUACACCGGAAAUGUUAGAUAAGGUUAUUUCUGCUCUUGAUGAAGUUGGAGACAUACUGCAGUUGAAAUAUUCUCGCUUCUCUCCUGAAAAAAGUACGAACUGUGAAGACGCAGCAGAUAAAUCGAAGCAAGAAUAAGUCAGCGUGGUCAACAUACAAAAAUAAAUCGUUCGAACCUCGUAUUCACUGUAACGACAACAACGUUUUGUGACUUUAAGCGCAUGUUUAUGACGACUUCUUUGGUUUAUGUAUAUCAUGGGUUAAUAUCGCCGUUGCAUACACUGCGUCAAAAUGUAGCUAUAAAACCUUAAUGGAUGUUAGAUGGUGUUCAGUCCAUUGAAAACUUAAACGAUGUUUAACCAAACAUUUAAACCAUUAUUUUCUUAUGUUUACAAAAUAUAUACGCGUUCUUCUUUUUUUA